AUGGCUAGACAAACUGUAUCCGAGACAAAACUCUUGAAGAUUCUCGAAUUAAAUGGAAAAUUAAAACGUCAACUGGAUAUCCCAAGAAUCCCUGUUUCCGAAGCGAGUCGAUCAUUGAUUGAUUACUGUCAGUCCACCCCUGAUUUAAUGCUACCUUCAGUUUGGGGCAAUAGACAUCCAGACCCUUUUGCCGAGCCUGCAAAUGGAUGUGGUGCGUCAUGUCAAAUCAUGUAG